AUGUCUGCUGAGUUUGAACUUUGUCCAGGAAGAAGAAUUGGGGGCUCCAACCCUUGUUUCAUCAUUGCAGAGAUUGGUCAGAAUCAUCAAGGAGACAUUGAGAUUGCCAAGGAAAUGAUUCGCAUGGCUAAGGACUGUGGAGCAGACUGUGUUAAAUUUCAGAAAAGCGAGCUUGAACAUAGGUUUACUAAGCGAGCGCUAGCGCGUCCUUACAAUUCUCCUCAUUCCUGGGGAAACACUUAUGGGGCUCAUAAGUGCCAUCUAGAGUUCAGCCAUGAACAGUACAAAGAUCUACAGACGUUUUCCAGAGAACUGGGAAUUUUCUUCACUGCAUCAGGCAUGGAUGAGAUGGCAGCUGAGUUCCUACAUGAAAUCAAUGUGCCUUUCUUCAAAGUGGCCUCAGCAGACACCAGCAACAUCCCUUACCUUGAGAAGACAGCCAAGAAAGGCCGCCCCAUGGUGAUAUCCAGUGGUAUGCAGUCUAUGGAGACCAUGCGCUGUGUUUAUCAGACAGUGAAGAAGCACAACCCAAAUUUCACCUUUCUGCAGUGUACCAGUGCCUACCCACUGGCCACAGAGCACGUCAACCUGCACAUCAUCACUGAAUUCCAGAAGGAAUUCCCAGACAUUCCGAUCGGCUACUCGGGCCACGAGGCGGGCAUCAGUGUGUCCAUUGCCGCAGUAGCUCUAGGUGCAAAGGUUGUGGAGCGUCAUGUGACCUUGGACAAACGUUGGAAAGGUAGUGACCAUGCAGCAUCCCUAGAGCCAGCCGAGCUAAAAGCACUGGUGAGCGAGAUCCGGACAGUGGAGCUCUCCAUGGGUUCACCACUCAAGCAAAUGCUUCCUUGCGAAGCAUCCUGCCACAGCAAGUUGGGUAAGUCGGUGGUGGUGAGAAGGGCAGUGCAGAAGGGUAUGGAAUUAACCCUUGAUAUGCUGGGAGUUAAGGUGGCAGAGCCACAAGGAAUACCACCACAGUAUAUCUUCAGACUGGUGGGAAAGAAAAUCACAGUGGACGCAGAGGAAGAUGACACCAUAACUAAUGACAUGGUUGAAGACUGA